CAUCCACUAUUUAUGAAGCUCUUCAUCUGGCAGACAUCAAGAUUUUCCUAAUGUUUAUGCAUUGCUCAAGGUCCUACGUAUUCUUCCUGUGAUGAAGGUUGAGAAUGAACGCUAUGAAAAUGGGCAAAAGCAUCUCAAAGCAUACCUGAGGAACACUUUGACAGACCAAAGAAGGUGGAAAUGAAAGAACCAUCAUGAAAAAGAUUUCAAAGAGAAAAGAAGAUAUUUUUAGAAAAAUGUCAGAAGACACAGAUAACAUUGCAGUAGAAGAAAAUGUAGACAAUCAUCUCCAGAAAGAUUUAAAUGUGGAAGAAAAUCAAAACAUAAUAGAAACUCUGAGAGGCAAAGUAAGAGAAAAGCUAAAAAAUGCCAAGAUUAAUCAAGGCAAAAAAUCUUCAACUCAGCUGCUCAUUGAUGAUAAGAUAUGUCAGUGGUCUAAGACUGAAGUCUCACUGGAUGAAGGUCUUUCGUGUUUUAUUCUGAGUGGUGAAGACUCAACUUUAGGCCAGUCUGCAGAGCAGAGACCAGUAAAUGAUAGCUACCACAAACACGUUUCACUUGGUGAUAAUUUACAAAACUUUGCUGAGGGCCGAGAUGAAGAUUUUAUGGAAGAAGUCAUUUUCCUAGAUUUCCUUGAAGUAAAGGCUGCCGAUUAUGAAGAUGAUCAAGAACAAGUGAAAAAACAACAGGCAAAUAUUUUUGUUCCAAGCAAUUCUCCAGUGAUCAACCAACUUAAACUGCCAGAAGAUACGAUGCCACGCAUUUUAGAAGAAGAAGGAUUCUAUGUUCACAAAAAGCCAGAAAUAUAUAAAAAGACCUGCAACAAAAUGGAAAAUCGCCUGCUUAAACUAGAAGAGGGGAAAUGUUGGUUUGAAGAAAGUGGAGAAAUAAUGUCAUUACCUUCACCUGUUAGACAGUCAUGGAAUUUCAGACUAAACAUAAGUAAGGAACCUUUAAAUCCAGCACUGAAGACCAUAUACAGGAAGGCAGUGAAAUCUGAUCUAGAAAGCUCUAUUAGGAACAAAAUGGAAGAUCAAAGGGAAAGGUACCAAUUAGAUCUCAACAUUGUGGGUUUGCAAUUCAGUCAUCAUCCUCUCUUCAAUCAAGAACAAGUAUUAUGUGCUAGGCUGCUCCAACUUUAUGAGUGUUUUCAGGACAGGCAGCAACAGAAUUUACCUCAGCUGCUUUAUGAGAAGCUUAAAGCACUGAAGGAUGCUACCAAAUUAGCAAAUGAAAAUUUGGAAACAAGCCAGCUGACCAGAAAAACUUUACAGGAUUAUUAUUGGCAGAUAAGGAAUACAAAACAGCUCUAUGACUUAGAAAAGGAAAAGGACUUCUCCCUACUACAGAGUAUAUUAUGGACUUGGAAACAGAUGAAAUCCCUUCGACAACGCCAAGGGUUUACAAGCACCUCGAUAAAGUUGCAGUUUCAGAGUGUGUUUAGGAAUGUAGAUGCAAGAGGUGUUCCUGGAAUUCCAUGGCUUAUUAAUGCACAGAAGCUUUUUGAGUGGGCAAAUGAGGUCAGAAUUGACCCAAAUAAUCCAGAAUAUUCUGAUUUAAUGGAAUUUGUUAUGUACAUGAAACAUAAAGAACAGGAUAUUCCAAAGUAUUUUCGUCUCAAACAGUUGCAAGAUGAAUUUAACUUUGUUUCUGAAGAGGAAAUGAAAAAGAGUAAACGUUUCCAGCUAUUGCAACUUAGAAAUGCAGGUCAAUUAGAUGUUUUCCUUCUGCCGCAAAUGCCCGUCUAUGACAGAGAGAUUCCAGAUAUACUCUUCCAGGAAUAUGAAAGUCAGAUAGAGAAGGAUAUGUCCAUUUCAGAUAUGAAUUCUAUUACCGCACAAAGGAUUAAUUCUGCCAAUUUUCUGAAAAAGAUGAGAAGGUCGAUAAUGAGAAGAAUUGCCAAAGUUAGCAAAUUUAACUUAUCAGAUAUUGUGGCUGAUUAUGAAGAAAUUGUAUCUGCAAGCCAGUUGACACGUGCAGUUUGUAAGCUUCUUGAACGACGAAGAAAGUUAAAGCCUCAGAGGCAAGAAAGGAAAAAAGUGGCAGCACAGACUAUCUGUGACGGAGAUAUUAAGAUUCUUGUCAGAAUAUUGAGGGCUUAUAAUAUUCCUACAAGGAAAGCAAUAAUUAAUAGAAGAGCCUUGGAUAUGCCUACUUAUUUGAUAUCAUCCAUGUCUCGCCUCAGACAUAAAGAAACAAUCAAAUCCGUAACCUCAGAUGAGAUCUUAAAUGAGGAUACUGUGCACCCCUUUGUGGAAGUUUCCUUUCAGCACACUGUGUACCAAACCAGUGUUGCAAGUGGAUCUCAUCCAUGCUGGAAUGAAGAAAUUAAAGUAGAUUUUAUCUUACCAGGACAUGAUUAUAGCAUCUCAAGCUUAUCUAAAAUAAAAGAUAAUAUAUAUAUCAACAUUUUUGAUGAAAUGAUUAUUGAAAAACAUGAGGAUCACAGUUUCAAGAGCUGCAGUGGUCAUUCAUAUAUAAGAAAGAAUUGGCUUGGAUCCAUUGUCUUCCCUUUCUCUGCUCUCCUGCAACAAUCUGAGAUUAGUGGAACAUUUCAAGUAAAUAUUCCACCAGUUUUGCUUGGGUAUACUUGGAGUGAGACUUAUGUGUCUCCUAAAGAAGAUUAUAAUGGACAGAACUUAAAAGAAUGUACCUUCUUAAAUAUUUUUGCUACUAUUGAACCUCAAAUAUCAUUUGCCAUCUGUCAUCCAGAACUAAACAAGUUUUCAGGUCAAAUAGAUGUUUUGGAGAGAGCACAGAAUUUUAAAAAAAAUUGUAAGGCAUUAUUUCCUGAACGAAGAAUCACAACUACUGUUUUUAAUGAUGAAGGGGUACAGAUCUUAGUAACAAGAUAUAUCAAGGCAUUGAAUCCGCCUCAACAACUCCUGGAUAUAUUUCUUCAUGAUUCUAAUGCAACACUUGACCUCGUUGCUCGCUUUGUAUCUUUGAUUCCUAUUAUGCCUGAUACACUGGACGAAAAUGAUGGUUUUGAUAUAUGGAUGACAUCAGAGCGCUGCAUCAGUUUGGCUAUUGGAAAUAAGGAGGAGCAUGCCAUACUUCUCUGUAAUUUCUUCCUGUAUUUUGGAAAGAAAGCUUUGGUCCUCCUAGGAACCUCGAUGUUGGAAGGACAUGUGGCUUAUGUAUUAACACCAGAAACUGAUGAAUAUUUGCUUUGGAAUCCAUUAACUGGGCAAUGUCAUAAGCAGUUUGACCCAUUUUGUCCCUUACAAAGUGUAGAUUGUUUGUUUGAUGGUGAAAAUGUCUGGUUUAACAUUCAGCAGAAUAAUUCACCAAGGGCUGUAUAUUUUGACUAUUCAAAGGAAAGUUUCUGGAAACAGUUGCUUCCAAAAAAUUAUCAAGGGACGAAAGCACAAAGCAUACAGCCUGAAGAAAUAACUUAUUCUGAUACUAAUAAAAGCAUGGUAGAAGAUCUAAAGAACAGGAUUGAAAGAACUCUGAAAUAUAAAAUAAUGGAAUGGCGACCUAAACAGCCAACACGUUGGAAUAGACAAUGUACUUUCAUUUUAAGACAAAUCCUUCCUAAGUUAGAGCUUGGCACCGGAAACUUUGUUUCAUCUGAAGAAGAGAGUGAAUUUGAAAGGCUGCUACAAUUUUACUGGACUGAAGUUGCCGCGUUCUGGCCAGGCGCGCCGCCCGGUCCCAUGGAGCUGGAGGGUCAGUGGUGGCGGGGACAGCUGGCUGCAGAUAUCCAUCAAGCUCUUCGAUACAAGGAGCUGAAGUUACCUUCCUACAAAGGCCAGUCCCCUCAGCUAAGUCUUAGAAGGUAUUUUGCUGACUUGAUUGCCAUUGUGAGCAAUCGUUUCACCCUCUGCCCUUCUGCCCGACAUCUCGCUGUCUAUUUGCUGGACCUGUUUAUGGAUCGGUAUGACAUCUCUAUCCAGCAGCUGCAUUUAGUUGCACUUUCCUGUCUGCUUCUAGCAAGUAAAUUUGAAGAAAAAGAAGAUAGUGUGCCUAAGCUGGAGCAGCUCAACAGCCUGGGUUGUAUGACUAAUAUGAAUCUAGUAUUAACAAAACAAAAUUUGCUACAUAUGGAACUAUUAUUAUUAGAAACCUUUCAGUGGAACCUCUGCCUUCCAACAGCUGCCCAUUUCAUUGAGUAUUAUCUCUCCGAAGCCGUGCAUGAAACCGAUCUUCAUGACGGCUGGCCAAUGAUUUGCUUGGAAAAAACUAAACUCUACAUGGCCAAGUAUGCAGAUUACUUCCUGGAAGUAUCUUUGCAAGAUUAUGCCUUUCUAAAUUAUGCACCUUCUUUAGUAGCUGCAGCAUGUGUGGCUUCUUCAAGGAUUAUACUUCGUCUUUCUCCAACGUGGCCUACAAGACUGCAUCGUCUUACUGCUUACUCCUGGGAUUUCUUAGUUCAGUGCAUUGAACGGCUAUUGAUCGCUCAUGACAAUGAUGUGAAAGAAGCAAACAAACAGAGAGGACAGGCAGGACCUCAGCCAGCACAACUAAGUGUGUUCCAGACAGCCUCCCAGCCCUCUCGGGCAGUUCACUUUCAGCAGCCUCAGUAUCUCCAUCAGACGCAUCAGACCUCGCUGCAGUAUCGCCAUCCUGUAUCGGAACAACCGAGCUGUCAGCAGAUUGUAUCUACCACACACACCUCAUCUUACACACUACCGACAUGUCCUGCUGGCUUCCAAACUAGUGUUCAGGGCCUUGGGCACGUGCAGACUGGUGUUGGGAUGUCACUGGCAAUACCAGUAGAAGUUAAGCCCUGUCUGAAUGUUUCUUAUAACCGGAGUUAUCAGAUAAAUGAACAUUACCCUUGCAUUACUCCAUGCUUUGAAAGGUGAUUUUAUGAGAAGGUAAGACUGGUAACCCAGACUGUUUGUGACUCAAAGCUCUGGGGCAAGCUUUGUGUAAACUUCUCUUCAAAAGGAAAGGGAUCCAAAUGGCAUCAGAACUCUUCCGACACCAGCACCAGGAAGACUGAAUAUCCCUUCCAAUGCACCAUGAAUAUCUGGGAGGACUAAGCUAACACUGCAAACACUUUAACAGUGUGUAUGUCAAAUGCUGUUAAAAUACAUCCUUAUAUGACACAAAUUUUAAAGCCCCAACUGAUGGUCCAAAUAUUUCAAAAACAUUCAACACAACAGAAAACUUGGACAGACUUCAAUUUGCCGUUUUGUGAUUUUGACCUGUGGUGCCCUCUGGGCCUAAUGUUGGCUUAUAUGUCAGAAACUAAUGUUUAUCUGUGGACUUGCCAAACAGUCUUCUUAUGAAGGAAAGUUACAGUAUUAAUUUUCGAAGAGGUCCUUUUUUUAUUCUGCAGUUUUGAGUUAUAUUUUUGAUCUACAAAUGAAUUUCUGACUAAGUUUAAACUCAUGAAUUGCUAUGCUAUACCAGUCUGUGCAGUUAAAAAAAUUUUUUUUAGAUAUUCUAUAUAACUUCCUUAUCACAGGUAGUAUAGGUAUCUGGAUUUAUGUACUAAAAUUAAGGGUGGAGUAGCUCUCUUAUCUUAAAAUCAUGGUCAUAAAUUUUUUGUUGUUUUUUCCCCUAAAGAUCAGCCUCAAAUCUUUAGAAUUAAACACAUUUAACUCAGGGAAUUUGAACUACUUGGAAACUCUUAACUGUAAUGCAACAUGCUUUGGGAAUGUUAUAGUAUGAACUACCUUAAUAACAUAGGUUAGUAUACUCCUGCUAGAAUGUGUUUUCAAACGAGAACAUAAUUGUAUCCUAGAAUGAAUGAAGUGGUGGUUCUUAUCAUUCAUAAUGCAUAUAUAAGUUUUGCAUUUCUCAGUGCAAUCAAUGAUUUAUACUCAGAUUUGAUAUUAUUCUAAAAAAGUUUUUUCAAGGGAAGGCAAAACUGUAAAAUGUCAGUACUAGAAUAAAGUCCCAUAGGUUUAUUUUGAAGUGGAACAUGGCCAGGGUAGUUCUCAGGUUGUGCUAGAGCAGCACUUUGUUACAUGGAAGACAGGUUUUAUAAGCAACCUUUGAAUCCAGCUAGUCAAGAGUAAGCAGGCAAAGGUGACUUUCAUUAGAUUGGCCCCAGGACUGCCCUGGGACAUUUCACUAUACUGGUGAUGAGUGAAAACAGCAAUAAGUCAUUACAGCAAGGGCAAUUUGGGGGUAAAGAGUUUGGAGGGAAUAAACUGAAAAAGUAAAAAGAAAAAAAUCAUUGUAAUAACUGAAACUGUAUACAUUGUGCUCUUAACUGUGGGAGAAGAGAUAUUUGGUGGAGGGAAGCUUUCUGAUUUAAAAAUUAGUAAGUUGUGUCUUUUUGUUUGUGUUUUUUUAAAGGUAGCACUUGAAUAGAAGGGAAACUGCAUGGCAGGUAUGUAACUGCCACAAUAUGCAUUGAAGACAAACUUAUUAUAAAGAUGUUGUGGGUAUGCAGCAGGAGUCUCAGUAAUCAAGCCAAUGGCUUUUGUUAGGAAGGGAAGGGACUCAACACAGCAGCGGAUCGAUCCAGAUGGCUCCAGUAGAUGAAUGUGGGUGGGUGGCUUCUGUCAGCAUGAAUUCUUAGAGAAUAUCCUUUCCUUUAAAGAAAGGUAACUUUUAGAGUACAUAGGGCAUGAUGUGGAGUUAUUAGUCUGGUAGAUAAAAUGAAAAACCACUCAGGUAAGAACACUCACUCAUGGCAGUUUUCAAGCAUGAAAAUUGUUUUCUGAAAGUAUCACCACUUUCUCUUUACAGAAGGCUGCUAAUUGGAUUUUGGUAGUUCUUACCUCAAGAGAACGUGAAUUAUUUGGGGGAAGGUGGGUUCAAAAGAGAAUAUAUCAUUCACAUUCAGAACCUAGCAACCUGGACCAAUUUUCAGUAUUUUAACUACCUCAAUAAUACUAUGAAUGUAAGAUACUGGGAUAGAGAUCCCAACUUGAAACAACAACUGGUGCCUAUGGUAAUUUAAUGUCUUGUCAAAUGCUUUUACUGACUGGUUUAAAUGUCAUUCUUGUUAUAGAAUAUGCCUUUUUAAAAAUCCUAUAAUAACACUUCCCCAGUUUAUAUUUAAAAAAGCUAAAGAACACUGGAUUAAUCUGGGGGGGGGGCGGUGUAGAGUAAAAUAAAUAAUUGGUUCCUGUCGCUGCAUACCCAGGGUGGGGUGGGAUGGGGUGGUUGGAGAACCAGAACUAUUUUUAAAACAUUAGGUUUCAAUAUAAAUACAACUCACAACUGCUAGCUUCGGGGGGUGUGGGUGGGGGAGUGGUGUGGGUUUUGUUUUGUUUAAUUUAUUGAUUAGUCUUUAAAGUAGGUUUUUUUGUUUUUUGAGAUUACCGGACCAUCAUUAAAUGUGUACUGUGAAGAAAUUAAUGAUAUGCAUAAAGGGCUUUACCAAAGUCCACUAAAUAAACACUAAAGUACGGACUGCAAACCAAAAUGUAUCUGUUAUGACAUUAAUUGCAAAUAGCGAGUAUGGUGCUGAAGUCCACACCAAUGGAAUUAGAUGAGUGCUAUGCACUUAAUUUUAAAAUAAAACUAGUUUU